CCCAGCGCAGCUCUGCGUCCCUCGGAGGCACCUGAGGCCGGGGGGGGCCUCGCUCAUGCCCUGAAAGCCCAGAAGCACAGUCUUCGCGACUCUUCCAAUGUGCCGAGGGGCUGCCCACGCCCCAGAGUGGUGCUCAGCAUGGCCGGGAUUCCAGGGCUCCUCUUCCUCCUCCUCCUCCUCCUCCUCUGUGCUGUCGGGCAGGUGAGCCCCUCUGGCGCCCACUGGAAACCCACUUGGCCUGCUUAUCGCCUCCCGGUGGUCUUGCCCCAGUCCACCCUCCACUUAGGUAAGCCAGACUUUGGGGCCGAAGCCAAAUUGGAAGUGUCCUCCUCAUGCGGACCCCAGUGUCAUAAGGGCACCCCGCUGCCCACCUAUGAAGAGGCCAAGCAGUACCUAUCCUAUGAGACACUCUAUGCCAACGGCAGCCGCACCGAGACGCAGGUGGGCAUUUAUGUCCUCAGUGGUGGCAGUGGGGGGCAAGAGUCUUCGGGAAAGGCUCGGAGGAAGCGGCAGAUCUAUGGCUACGACAGCAGAUUCAGCAUUUUUGGGAAGGACUUCUUGCUCAACUACCCCUUCUCAACCUCAGUGAAGUUAUCCACAGGCUGCACGGGCACCCUGGUGGCAGAGAGGCAUGUCCUUACCGCUGCCCAUUGCAUCCACGAUGGGAAGACCUACGUGAAAGGAACCCAGAAACUGCGAGUGGGCUUCCUGAAGCCCAAGUUUAAAGAUGGUGGUCGAGGGGCCAACAGCUCCAGCUCUGCCAUUCCGGAGAAGAUGAAGUUUCAGUGGAUCCGGGUGAAACGCACCCACGUGCCCAAGGGUUGGAUCAAAGGCAACGCCAAUGACAUUGGUAUGGAUUAUGACUAUGCCCUCCUAGAACUCAAAAAGCCCCACAAGAGAAAGUUCAUGAAGAUCGGCGUGAGCCCUCCCGCCAAGCAGCUGCCAGGGGGCCGAAUCCACUUUUCUGGUUAUGACAAUGACCGACCAGGCAACUUGGUAUACCGCUUCUGUGAUGUCAAGGAUGAGACCUAUGACCUGCUCUACCAGCAGUGUGAUGCCCAGCCCGGGGCCAGCGGCUCUGGAGUCUACGUGAGGAUGUGGAAGAGGCAGCAGCAGAAGUGGGAGCGAAAAAUCAUUGGCAUCUUUUCAGGGCACCAGUGGGUAGACAUGAAUGGCUCUCCACAGGAUUUCAACGUGGCUGUUAGAAUCACCCCUCUCAAAUAUGCCCAGAUUUGCUAUUGGAUUAAAGGGAACUACCUGGAUUGUAGGGAGGGGUGACACGGUGUUCCUUCCUGGCAGCACUUAAUGGUCUUCAUGUACGUAUUUUAGGAGAGGCCAAAUGUUGUCAUUGGGAUGUGUGUGUGUUGUGUGUAUGUGUGUGUGUGUGUGGUGUGUGGUGUGUGGACUGUGUCAUAUUAUCUUUUACCUGAUUUUUUAAAGUUGCAAGAUGAUUGGCUUUAUUAUUUGAAAACUGGUUUGUGUAUCAUCUAUCAUUUCAGGAGUUUAAAGGCAUACUUUUGCAUAGAAAUUUAAAAAAAACCAUACUGAUGUUUGGGAUAAUAGAGAAUAUUUAGCAAGAAAGUUAAUCCUUCAAUUUUUGAGAACUUUGAUUUUUAUUUCAUCUGAACUUUUGUGUCCAAGGUUUAUAUUAAAUAUGUGGCAUACAGGAGAUAUAAAUUCUUAAAUUCUUAUGUGUGUAUAUAUGUGUGUUUUCUCUUGAGAUUCAUUUUAGGUUUUUUUGUUUGUUUGUUUGUUUUUUUAAUGCCUAAUCACUAACAUUUCCAUGUUCCCCACCGCAUACAACUUUUAGGAACCUUCACAAUACUUCAACAGGCAGGUAUGAUAUUUUGGAUUUGGAGGCAUUUGCACAGUAGUCCUCGAUAAAUGAAAUAAUUUGUUGACUAUAUUGGUACACGGAUUAAACUAUAUCUUACACUAAGUCAGUAUCCGAAGCUGCUUUCAGUUUUGAAAUGGUUUCUUUCCCAAAGGUGGUUGCUCUAUUUUUGAGGAAGGCGCGGCAUAUGGCCCUGUCAGCUUUGUGACUCAUCGGAGUAGGCAAGAGUAUUUAUGCCAAUCCUUCCAUUUAACAGGAUUUUACUCACGUUUCUUGAACUAGCUAUUUUCCAGGAGACAAUAAUCCGGGCCUAAUGAGAGCAAGCUAUAUCACUUCCCAGCUAACAAUUGUGGUCACACACUAAAAACAAUCAUUUCAUUUUACCCCUGGAGUAGAGCACAUCUCAUGUUUUAUCAUCUGGAUGGAGUGAUUUAAAAUGAAUUAAAUUCCGGAGAACAAUGGACGCAUUGCUUGGCAGAUGUCACAACAGAAUAACCACUUGUUUGGAGCCUGGCACAAUCACACAACCUAAUCCAAAUUAUUCUACGGAGUUUGCAGUGCACUUUCAGGGAGCCGCAUACUGGUGUAAUUUGGAAACUUUUCUCUUUCACUUUACUUAUAUUUUAUAGUAAAAAUAUUUGGAUGGUGCUUUAAGAAAAACCAAGAGGACUUUUUUUCCACUAGCUUUAAAAGGGCCUCUUUUACUGUGAUACUUUAGGCUACAGGCACGUAUAAUCAACUACAGUAAUAAAAAUGGAAAUUGAGAGAAUGCAGAGUGGAUCAGAAUCUUUACUCCAGCAAAUGUCUUUAGGAAUGUUUUAUCAAUAUGAUAAUCAGAGUUUAUAAAGAAAAGACUUUGACUUAUUUUAUGUUUUCAUCUUAUGCUUCUUGGCCUGAGCGUGUCUUCCUAAAUAUAUCAAUUGGGGAGUGGGGGGUGGAGAACAAAUGGAUUACAGGGCAGAUGUUUGCUGGACUUGUGCCCUUAGGUGAUACCAGCCUGAAUUGGGACUAUCUGUGAGGACAUUCAGAUAUGGCACUGAAGCUUUAGUUUUCUCUGGGUGGCUUUUGGCUUGUGUUUUUUGUGCAUUUCAGUCGAGAAUAAUCCUGAUAAGACACUCACGAAAUGUACAACUGUAGUGCUUUCUUCAAAUCAUGUAAGAAAAUACUAUGCAUAGCACAGAGAUGUGGGGCUGCCAGGAUUCUUCUGAGUUCUAGUACAAUUUGCUUUGAAAUCUAGCAGGAGUAUAACAUGAGGAAGAAGAGAGGUCUGUAUCCCUGUGUUUGGUAUUGAGGGAGAGGGGGAAUUGUUUCUGCUUUCACUUGAUGGAAAAAGAAGUUCACUGAACGCUUAGACUGGACUAAUUAAAAAAAAAGAUGCUGCUUUUAUGAAGCACCUGAUUUCUUGAUUUUGAUUUUUUGCAAAGUUGAAACUUCCCUCAGCAAAGGUAGGUAGUGGCACAAAAUCAAAACAAUAUCAAUGUUAGGUUCACAAAUAGGUGUAGUUUACUAAAGAAUAAUAUUCACAUUCUAUGUACCACAUAAUUCAUAGAUAGUAAAAUAACUCAACAUGACCGUUUUUUCAGUGGUAAUAAAAGGAAGCAUGGUAUUGUGGAAUUUGAAAUAAAAAAAAGAACGGACUCUCAUGAUACUAACAUAGUGUUUUACAUAUAUUAUACAUUGUAAGGAUUUAUUUCUAGUAAGGCCAGUAGAACAACAUUCCUAAAGAGUGUGCCAUAAACACUCAUCCCUCCAGAUUUUCUACCAAGGACAAAAAGGGCACCCUCUCUGAGGAGGAGGGAGAUGCUCAGUACUCCCUUUCCUUAUCAGGGAUUCACUUGCCUGUUUGCACCUUGAAAGUUCUAAGAAGUCCUGUAGGAAAGAGACAUGAUAAUGUUUUAAAAGCUGCACUUCAAUAAAGAUCUUUGGUCACUGAA